UGCUGACCUGAAGAUCCUGUUUUGAAGAUGAUGUGGAGGUUAUCUGCUCUUUUUAGACGUUGCAUUACAAUUUCAUCCAGCAGACAUUGCAAAAAAGACAGCCUGUUUACCAUCCAUCCUAAUGUGAAAGAGGCUUUAGUGGAUCACAGGCCAGUUGUGGCUCUGGAAAGCACUAUUAUUACACAUGGAAUGCCUUAUCCUCUCAAUCUCAGCACAGCAAAGGAAGUGGAAGGUAUUGUGAGGGCUGAAGGUGCAAUCCCAGCAACCAUUGGGAUUCUUGAGGGGAGGAUUCAUGUGGGCCUUUCUUCGGAUGAACUGGACUUCCUAGCACAGAGCAAAACAGCACUAAAAGUGUCCAGAAGAGACCUUCCUUAUGUCAUCAGCAAGGGUCUGUCAGGUGGCACUACAGUCUCCGGCACAAUGAUUGUGGCUCACAAAGCUGGGAUUCCUGUCUUUGUAACCGGAGGCAUUGGAGGAGUACAUAGAGAUGGAGAAAACUCCUUGGAUGUGAGCGCAGACCUCACCGAACUGGGUCGAACACCUAUUGCUGUUGUGUCUGCUGGGGUGAAAUCCAUCCUAGAUAUUGGUCGCACUCUUGAGUUCUUGGAAACUCAGGGUGUAUGUGUGGCCACAUAUGGAGAUUCAAAAAGCUUCCCGGCUUUCUUCUCUCGGCAAAGUGGAUUUACUUCUCCUUACCAUGUCUCCAGUCCUCAAGAAGCGGCAGAUCUUAUUGGCAACACACUAUCUCUGGGGCUGCAAAGUGGUCUUCUGUUGGCCGUUCCCAUCCCAGAGGAACAUGCAGCCACGGGACAACUGAUAGAAGACGCCAUACAAACAGCUGUGACUGAGGCCAGCUCAAAAGGUGUCACAGGAAGAGAUGUCACCCCUUUUAUCCUUCAGCGAGUCAAUGAGCUCACUAAAGGGAAGUCCUUGCAAGCCAAUAUUGGACUCAUCCAUAACAAUGCCAAGGUGGGCAGUCAGAUUGCAUGUGCCCUUUCUAAACACAAAGAAAAAAGUGGAGGCAACUUCAGAGGUGAUAGUAAGACCCAAAAGUCAAUGCACCAGAGAAUGGACUCCAAAACUGGAAGUGAUAUGAUUGUUAUCGGUGGAAUAAACGUUGAUUUCAUCGCUAAAGGAACAACAAAGAAAUUGGUGUUUGGUCAGACAAAUCCAGGAAGUGUGUGCCAGUCAUUUGGAGGAGUGGGCAGAAAUAUUGCUGAUUGUUUAAGCCGAUUAGGAUACAAACCUCUCUUUAUCUCUGCCAUCGGCAAAGACUCUCAUAGCGACGCCGUGUUAAACUAUUGUAAACACAUGAAUACAAGUGCAAUUGCCAGAUUACAGGACCAAAGGACUGCAACCUAUUGUGCUGUCAUAACUGAGUCUGGAGAGUUGAGCCUGGGAUUGGGCGACAUGGACAUCCAUCAGCAAAUACAAGAGCAGUAUGUAUCUCAGUUUAAGGAUCAACUUGCAUCAGCAUCUCUAGUAGUUCUUGAUGGCAACAUUCCGGUUUCAACCAUUGAUUACGUGUGCUGUAUCGCCAAGAAACAUGCAGUCCCUGUGUGGUUUGAGCCCACGGAUGCCGAUAAGGCCUGUAAGCCCUUCCUGUCAGAGAGCUGGAAAGCCCUGUCCUACACCUCCCCCAACCUGGCUGAGCUCUGCACCAUGAAUCAGACACUAGAUCUGCCCACUCCUACAGAGUUACCCAGAUCGCUUGAGGAUGUUUUAGGCUGUGUACCGGCUCUCUGCCGCCCCCUGCUGGAGCAUCUACAUUGUGUGGUGGUCACUUUAGGUUCGCUGGGUGUGCUGGUGUGUGGAGAACAUGAUGCUGGAACUGUAAAUUUGCAGCCACGAAAGCAAAAUCGGCAGAAGGGACGACUGUGUGCUGUUCAUUAUCCUGCGCUGGCUGUGAGCUCUAAAGAAACAGUAAAUGUGUCUGGAGCUGGUGACAGUUUUGCUGGAGCAAUGAUGGUUGGGAUCCUUCAAGGGAUGGAAACAGACAGCUGUGUGCGAAUGGGUCUCCUUGCCGCCCGCACGUCCUUGUUGUCUCCUCAUCCAAUAGAUCCAUUUCUGACAGCCGAUGUCAUCCAUCCAGAAAAGUCACACUCUCAACUUUGGUCAAAGCCUACAUGUGUGUGGAUGGAGGACUGAAAUACAAUCUAAAAGAGGCAGAAAUCUGAGAUGCAGGCUUCUACAGUCACAGUGCAUCCGAUGGGACAUAUGCUACUUUUGUGAUGUUUUAUAUAGCAAACAAACUCAAUGAUUGGUGCGUACUGAGGAGUUUAUGUUGUGGAUGCAGCUUUCAAGUGUGUUU